GACUAUGACCACAGUUUAUUGCAAUGGAGGACCAGGGAGCCACCAGUAUGCGAGAUGGAGUCAGGAAGAUAGCGGAGAGAACCAUACUAAGAAAGAUGUGUACACAGAAGAUGAGCCAGGCUACCAACACCACCUAAGGCCUUUUGAGAAACUCAUUCUGGAUAUGUCCCAGGAUGAAAAAGUGGUAAAAGAAUUAACUCUGGGGAAGAGGGUUGGGUUUUACAGCAUCAGAGGUAAAAUUGGAAGUGGGAACUUCUCCCAAGUGAAACUUGGAGUACACUCUCUGACCAAAGAAAAAGUAGCCAUCAAGAUCCUGGAUAAAAGUAAAUUAGACCACAAGACCCAGAGACUCCUCUCUUGUGAAAUUUCUAGCAUGGAGAAGCUGCACCACCCAAACAUUAUCAGGCUUUAUGAAGUCAUGGAGACCUUCUCCAAACUAUACCUGGUCAUGGAGUAUGCUAGUGGAGGGGAGCUUUUUGCUAAAAUCACGACAGAAGGGAAGUUAUCGGAAGAAGAGAGCAAGCACACUUUUUCCCAGAUUGUGUCUGCCAUUAAACAUAUGCAUGACAACAACAUAAUUCACCGGGACCUGAAAGCUGAAAACAUCUUCUACUCCAGUAACACAUGUGUGAAGGUGGGAGAUUUUGGAUUCAGCACAGUAAGUCAGAAAGAGGAAGCCUUGAACACGUUCUGUGGUUCUCCUCCUUAUGCUGCUCCAGAACUUUUCAGAGAUGAAAGCUACAUUGGGAUUUAUGUGGAUAUCUGGGCCCUAGGAAUCCUUCUGUAUUUCAUGACUACGGGGCUUAUGCCGUUUCAGGCAGACACGGUGGCCAAGCUGAAAAAAUGCGUUCUUGGUGGAAUAUAUAGCUUGCCGCCAUUCCUGUCUGGAUCUUGCCAGAAACUGAUCUGGGCGGUCCUGCAGCCAGUUCCAUCAGAACGCUGCUCCGUUGAUUACAUUAUGAACAGUGAAUGGAUGACUGGUGUACAAUACCCAAAGCCCUUUGAACCCUUUAAACUGGAUCCCAAAUUUUUGUCAGAGGGCAGAACCCUCCGAAAGGAAGAGGCUGAGGUGAAAACCAUUUUGAACCAUUUGGGAAUCACAAAAGAGCACAUUCAGAAUAACCACGGGAGAGAUUCCCACAGCUCAAUAACUGGGACUUACAGAAUUGUUCUUCACAGAGUGCAGAAGAAACGGGCCAUGGAGAUUGUUCCUAUCAUCAGCCAACCUGAACCCAAGAAACAAAGGUCAAAGAAAAAUCCGUGUCCCUAUCGGGGCCACAAAUAUUCAUCAAAGCUCUGCUUGAUUUUGUGAAGCACCUCCCUGGCUUAGU